CUCUGAGAGAAUUGAUGCUAUUGCGGAUCAUAAAGCACGAAAACGUGAUUGGUUUGAAAGAUGUUAUGAUGCCGAUUCAUACGAGGAGUUUCAAGGAUGUGUAUUUGGUUUAUGAGUUGAUGGAUACUGAUCUUAAUCAGAUUAUAAAGUCUUUGCAGCCUCUGUCCAAUGAUCACUGCAAAUUUUUCAUUUUUCAGAUUCUUAGGGGAUUGAAGUAUCUUCAUUCGGCCAACAUUCUUCAUCGAGACUUGAAGCCAGGAAAUCUCCUUGUCAAUGCAAACUGUGAACUGAAGAUAUGUGAUUUCGGACUGGCACGAACUAGCAAAGACAAUGGACAAUUCAUGACCGAAUAUGUAGUUACACGAUGGUAUCGUGCGCCAGAGCUGCUUCUUUCCUGCGACAAUUAUGGAACCUCUAUUGACGUCUGGUCCGUAGGUUGCAUCUUCGCAGAAAUUCUUGGCCGGAAGCCAAUCUUCCCAGGAACUGAUUGCCUCGGUCAGCUUAAGCUUAUUAUAAGUGUUCUUGGUGGCCAACCUGAAGAAGAUAUUGAAUUCAUUGAUAAUGCAAAAGCCAAAAGGUUCAUCAGAUCAUUCAACUUUUGCAGAGGAACACCAUUUUCUGCUCUAUAUCCUCAUGCUGAUCCUUUGGCAAUAGAUUUGCUUCAAAAGAUGCUCAUAUUUGAUCCAUCAAAAAGGAUUACAGUCUCGGAGGCUCUCCACCACCCAUAUAUCUCUGGUCUGUACGAUCCUUCUAGUAAUCCUCCGGCCCAAUCCCCGAUCAAUCUUGAUAUUGAUGAGAAUAUGGGAGAACCUAUGAUUAGAGAGAUGAUGUUGAGAGAAAUUCUCUAUUAUCACCCCCAAGUUACUUAUGCUUGAGGUUGAGGGUAGUCGACUUGAAUGUAGGGCUAGUGACCUUGAUCCGUUAGCCCAUAAGUCAGAACUAUGACCAAGCGGCUCUUGCUAAGCAUAUUGUAAUGACAUCGAGUUUAGAGAGUUUAUUUGUAUAAUCUUCCCAGAAAAUCCAAGAGUCCGACGGAAGGAAACGAAAUAAUAAGAUUUGAAAAGAGAGAAGAUAAAUCCGUUUAGUCGAACUGGUAUUAGUCUAGUUUUUAUGUGGUAUCAAGAAGCAAAGUAGCAGGAAUGUUUAUGAUUCAUGGAGUUUGUAAUAGCUAUGAUAUAUUUAUCUUAUAUAUUGGCAUGUCCAAACAAGGCAUAGCUUAUUGUAACUAAGGCAUAAGAGCUGAGACUUGGUUUAUGAGUUGGAAACAGUGAUCAAACAUAAAUUUUUUGUUUUUUU